ACAGCUCUCCAGAUGGCCUGCCGAAGCCGUAGCGACGAAGUCUGUCGUCAUCUCGUUGCCCUCGGUGCGGACGUCACUGCGCCGGCUGGGACCAUGGGAUCGGCCUUGCAGAACGCAUGUGACCAGGGCCACUUUGACCUCGGCCGCUGGCUGAUCGAGAAAGGCGCCGACGUCAAUGUGCAGCACGCGUGGUCUGGCACGCCCCUGCAGGCCGCCUGCGCGUCGCGCCGGGGGACCGAAGCCGCUGUCCGCGACUUUGUCACGACGUUGCUCGAGCACGGAGCCGAUGUUAAUGCAUGUGUGCCCUCGUCGCACUACGGGUCCGCCUUCCAGGCUGCGUGCCAUCGAGGCUGGUGGGCUGUCGUCCACACUCUGCUGCAGCGAGGUGCCAAUGUCAAUACCCAGGGGGGCCAGUUCGGUACGGCCCUUCAGGCCCUCUGCGCCUCGCAACGGUUGACGGCGUUCAACACUCUCCUCGAGCUCCUGGACAAGGGCGCAGAUGUCAACGCGCAGACCAGGCCGGACGGCACCGCGCUGCAGGCCGCCUGCACGUCCCCUUACUUGUCUGGCACCCACCGGGAGCGAAUCGUCAAGACGCUGCUCGACCGCGGGGCAGAUGUCACACUGCGCGGCGGCAAGUACGGCAGCGCACUCCAGGGUGCA